CUUUCUUUCUUCUUUCCCCGCAAGUGUUUCUGGGAGUUGUAGUCUCCCCUCCUCGCACAGCUUCCUUGUCUAAUUGCACGUAGACCCGCAGGCAGCGGAGAAUCAGGCUCUCAAUGAAGACUGAUGAUGGUGUUUGCAUGAUGUCACUCCAAGCCUUGUGUAAUUGUGGGUGAUCAGAAGAGCGGCAGGGUGCGAGCCCCUGCUGGAGACCGUCAUUCAACUUGUGCAUCUCAUGGUCUCCACCUGUAAAGAGCACAGACUUGUACACCAUACAUACAACGCUGAGUGUGAGAGAGGAUUUCUGGACAAUCGCCCAGCUCUGGGUUCUCACUGAUGAGCCUUCCUUUGCUCUAGGAUAUAUGAAGGACUAUCGCUAAUGGAGAAGUGUAUUUAAUCCGGCUUCCGAAUUACCAGGAUUACAAACACUUCCUUUCAUAGGAGCUGGAUUUAGGGUGGACAUGGCCGGGUUUGUUAGCAGUUUCCUCGUAUUAUUGCUGAUUUUACAAGACAGCUGUUACUGUUUCAGGAGCCCCCUAUCCGUCUUCAAAAGGUUUCAGGAAUCAUCCAGUCAGUCAAAUGGAUGCUCAGGAUCAACAAGACCAGUUUUUUCAGAAGAUUCUUCAGACUAUACACUGGAUAUACGAAUGCCAGGAGUCACGCCAACAGAGUCUGACACCUAUCUGUGCAAGUCGUAUCGGCUGCCAGAAGAUGAUGAAUCCUAUGUAGUUGACUUCAAACCUCAUGCCAGUAUGGAUACUGCACAUCACAUGCUUCUGUUUGGAUGUGGUUCACCCUCUUCUACUGAAGAAUACUGGGAUUGUGGUGCUGGGACCUGUACAGAUAAAUCUAGUAUCAUGUAUGCAUGGGCUAGGAAUGCCCCCCCAACCAAGCUUCCAAAAGGUGUUGGCUUUAAAGUAGGAGGAAACUCUGGAAUUAAAUAUUUUGUGCUCCAAGUUCAUUAUGGAGAUGUAAAGGCAUUCCAAGAUAAACAUAAAGAUUGCACUGGCGUAACUGUACAGAUAACACCAGAAAGGCAGCCACUGAUUGCUGGAAUUUAUCUCCUGAUGUCUAUGGACACUAUAAUCCCAGCAGGGGAAAAAACAGUGUACUCGGAUAUUGCUUGUGCGUAUGAGAAGCCAACAAUGUACCCAUUUGCCUACAGAGUACACACUCAUCAAUUAGGACAAGUUGUUAGUGGGUACAGGAUCAGAAAUGGCAAGUGGACUUUAAUUGGAAGACAGAGCCCUCAACUACCACAGGCAUUUUACGCUGUGGAACAUCCUCUUGAUGUUCACGCUGGUGAUGUUCUGGCAGCCAGAUGUGUCUUCACAGGUGAAGGAAGAACAUCUAAUACAUAUAUUGGAGGCACUUCCAGUGAUGAAAUGUGCAACAUGUAUAUAAUGUAUUACAUGGAAGCUGCUCAUUCCAGUUCUUACAUGACAUGUGUGCGGACGGGGGACCCAGCCUUAUUUCGUCACAUCCCUGAGAUAGCCAAUAUCCCGGUCCCUGUUAGUUCUGAUAUGGUAAUGGCACACGGCAGUCACAAACAUAUGAAGGAACAUGAAGAAAGAAAUAUACAGCAACAGCCUAAAAGGGAAGAGGAGCAAGUGAUGGAUCAGGGUGAUUUCUAUUCCGUCCUUUCCAAACUGCUAGGCGAAAGGGAAGAUGUUGUUCAUGUCCAUAAAUAUAACCCCACUGAUAUUAUAAACUCUGAUCUCGUAGAGGAGAUCGCUGAUGUGGUGCAAAAGAAAGACCCUGGCUGGUACAUAUCCAGACAAGUGUUAGCACACAAGGAGAGGCCCGAUACGAUUCUCGUCAGAGAUCGAAUUCACAAAUUCCACAGAUUAGAAUCCACGUUGAGACCACCAGGGAAUAAUAUGCUGUCACUGGUGCAGGAAGCUAAACUUGGUGGAGUGGACAGACAGCACCCAGGAGAUGUACAUUUAGAGGAAGUCACUGAUUGGCCAGGACUGAAUCUCAAACUAGGGCAAGUGUCAGGGCUGGCACUGGACCCCAACGAUAACUUGGUUAUAUUUCACAGAGGCAAUCACGUAUGGGAUGAAAAUUCAUUUGACAGGAACUUUGUUUAUCAAGCAAGAGGAAUAGGAGCCAUUGAGGAAAGUACUAUACUCACUGUCAGUCCCAACAGUUCCACAAUUCUACGGUCCACAGGCAAAAAUCUGUUUUAUUUGCCUCAUGGAAUAACAGUUGAUACAGAUGGAAACUUUUGGGUCACUGAUGUAGCUCUUCAUCAGGUUUUUAAAUUAGGGGCUGAUGGUUCUCGUAUUUUCACACUGGGUAAGGCUUUUCAACCAGGCAGUGACCGGACCCACUUCUGUCAACCAACUGAUGUCGCAGUAGAUCCUAUAACAGGCAAUUUUUUUGUGUCCGACGGCUAUUGCAACAGUAGAAUCAUGCAGUUCUCACCUCAGGGCAUGUACAUUAUGCAGUGGGGAGAAGCUUCCUCAUCAAGGUUUGCAAAGUCCGGCGAGUUCCGCAUCCCACACAGUCUGGCUCUGAUACCUGACCAAGGGCAGCUAUGUGUGGCUGACAGAGAGAAUGGGAGGAUUCAGUGUUUCCAUUCAGAAACUGGAAAGUUUGUAAAAGAAAUCAAACAUGCAGCAUUUGGAAGUAGAGUCUUCGCUGUCGCCUAUGCUUCAGGAGGAACAUUGUAUGCUGUUAAUGGGAAAUCCUUCUAUGGGGAUUCCGAGCCUGUACAAGGCUUCGUAAUGAACUUCACUACAGGGGACAUUCUGGACACCUUUGUUCCAGUUAAAAAGAAUUUUGACAUGCCCCAUGACCUUGUGGCAUCAGACGAUGGAGCGGUGUAUGUCGGAGAUGCCCACGCCAACACAGUGUGGAAAUUCUCGUCCUCAGAAAAAGCAGAACACCGGUCUGUAAAAAAAGCUGGUAUUGCGAUUGAAGAAAUAACAGAAACAGAAAUUUUAGAAACACGAGUGAGAAGUCGACCCAAAACUAACAUAACAGCCCCGGAAAAGCAUCAGGAACAAGCCAAGCAAACUCAAGUUCAGCAGGGCAGUGUUGGCGUUUCCUUUGUUCUCAUCAUCACUUUGUUAGUGAUUCCAGUUGUGGUUCUUGUGGCCAUCGCACUUUUUAUCCGAUGGAGGAAGAACAGAGUGUAUGGAGGUGAAGAGCACAAAUCUGAAUCGUCAUCUGGAGGGAUCCUGGGAAAACUGAGAGGUAAAGGGGCUGGUGGCCUUAAUCUAGGAACCUUCUUUGCAAGUCACAAAGGCUACAGUCGGAAAGGCUUUGACAGACUUAGUACAGAAGGAAGUGACCAAGAGAAGGAUGACGAUGACGGCUCAGAUUCCGAAGAAGAAUACUCGGCACCCCCAAUCCCAGCAGCAGCACCGGCAGCAUCAUCUUCUUCCUGAAAAAACAACUACUUCCACUCAGUCUUUUGCCCUCUAGCACGUUUAAGAUUGUGUAUUUAAUUGUAACUGUACUAGUCUCUGUGGGCAGUACAAGUGUCAUGGUUUUCUUUCCUUUCCCUUCUGAGUGCUGUUGUAGUCUUUUAUGUGAACAUUCAGAGCAAUUUCGUUAUCACUAUAGUGUAGAAAUAAUACGUAAUUUCACGUUUUUUGUUUUAUUACAAUCUCUUUUUCAUUGUUUGAUGGCAUUCCUCUGCUUUUCCGAUAGCACUUUAAUUGCCAACAUAUAAAUAUAUAUAUUAUUUUCUUGCCUUUAAAGUCACGACUAUUUGCAGUACAAAGAUGUGUGCCACAUAAAUGCAAAGCUGCUAAAUUUCUUCUAUUUUUUUAAAUUCACAAUAAUGAUAUUGUGUCCAAAAAGAAUUAAAAGAGAAAAAAAGAGAAAAAAAACUAUUUAAUUUUUGUUUUGGUGUUAUUGGGAUGUCUUAUUUUUAGAUGGUUACACUGUUUAGAACACUAUUUUCAGAAACUGAAUGUACUUUGUGUAAUAAAGUGUUCGCAGAGCAUUAAAAUCAGA